AACAGGUUGUUUCGCACUGACAGUUUGGCGUGGGCUGUCCAUCCUCGUUCUCAAAGGAGUUUUUAAUUGAGACCAAACCAAGAAAAGGUUUCAAAACUGCUUUGACCCUCGCAAAGUUUCCCGGUAUUACGGACGCUUUCAUCAAACAGAAAGCCAGAAUGAGCUCACUCUCAGCAGACAGGAAGACCCCUCUGGACUACGGCGUCCAGAUCCGCUUCAUCAAAGAUCUGGAUGGCGCCGGUGGGGGGUUCCCAGAAAAGAGUCGACUGGCCAGUGGAGUUGUCAGCAAUGGAACUCCUUCGCCCUCUAAGUAUGGAGUAGCCGUACGGGUGCAAGGAAUUUCUGGAAAGCCGUAUGUGAUGCUCCAGGAUGGAGAAAAGGGAGACUCUUACGGAGUGCAGCUGAAGACCCAACCGACCCAGAGUAUGACCCCAAUUGUCUCUCGAACCUCUCCAUACAGCAACUUGUUUCCAGAACUAAGGGAAGGUGCUCGAACUCCCCAAGAUCUCACAGCUAGUUCUCCGGAUGAGGAAUUUGGGAGUCCUUUAAAGAGGCCACCUGGCGACGGACAAGCAGGGAACCAAGGAGAGGGUGAGGCCAGGACUACCGAACGUCUCACCCCUUCUACUCCAGCUCCACUGGUGAAUAGGAAAGAAUAUGAUAAUUACAAUGAAGCGGGGCUUAGGAAGGUCAACCAGAAUGGGAUCGGUGGUAUUCAGAACGGGACGGGGCUAAACGGAUCAUUGAAUGAAGAACCAGCACAAGCUAUUGACACCAAGUCUUUGCCUCCCAUUAAUAAACUCAUCAGCCGGUUCGGCGGUGGUGGUUCUAGUGACAUUCCCACUUCAGAGGCACAAUCUCGGCCUCGCUUUGACAACCGUGUGUCUCACAGUGUGGAUGUUCUAAAUAAACCCAAUGAUGUACAACCUCCUCCAUCGACUUCGCCAACUAUAAAUCCCUAUGCUCCUUUUACAUCAUCUUCAAUGCCCAAACUCAGCUCAUCUAAACCUUUAGUCGACAGUCUGGGGCGAGAGCCAACAUCUGUCACUAAAGUGACCGCCAUCCCCAAUUCCAAACCUCCCGCCUUAAUCCAAUCACCGAAGCUGUAUGUUCCUAAGGAGGCGGCACCUGCUAUACCAAAGAAACCAGUGACCCCAGACCUCAUAAAGAGCCAGUCUUUGAGUACAGACAUCGCAAAUGGAGAUGAUGCGCAGACCAAACUAGCCAUUUACAACAUUCUUAAAGAAGGGUCUGUUGAGAGUGAGACGGCCAUAAAACGCAAAGUUAGCCUCGUUCACGAGAGGUUCCCCGGUUUGAAGGGUCCUCAGAUCCUAGUGACCGACAGCAAUAUAAAGACAGAACUGGAACAGGCUUUGAACAAGAACACACAGCUUCAACAGAUGCUGGACAAGAGAAAAAGAGAACUGAUGGAAGUUCAGGACCAAUUGAUGGAGUUGAGGAUGGACAGAGAGAGGGCGGAGGCUCGCUUACGGCAGCAGGAAGAUCAGUUAGCUCAGCUUCAGGAAGAGCUCAGGAGAACAUCACCCCAGUCGGAUACAUUGCAACUAGAUUUGAUGACAGUGCAGGCAGAUCUGUCUGAGUCUCUGAUGCUGAGACAGAAACUAGAGGACCAUCUGAGACAGAGAGAGCGAGAGCUCACCGCGCUGAAAGGAGCUCUGAAGGAUGAGGUGGAGUCACAUGAUAAAGAGAUGGAGGCCCUGAGGGACCAGUACAGCCAAGACAUGGAUGCGUUACGUCAGAGCAUGGAGACUGUCUCACAGUCUCAGCUGGAGAUUGAGGAUGAACGCGAGAAGGUAAACGCCUCCAUCUUGGCUCUGGAGGAGGAGCUGGAGAGUUACAAAGACCAGAGCGACCACUGGAAAGAUAAGUUCACUUCUGCUAACCAAGAGCGAGGGCAGCGCAGCACACUUCAGAAACUACUGCAAGCUCAGCAAAUCAAAAAGCAGCUUGAAGAGAAACUUCUCGAAGUAAAAAAACAAGAAGAUAAAACCGAUUCAAACCCUUUCAAAGAGGUACUGCAGCGCUGCCAAGAAGAUUUGAAAAACGCUCUUUCAGAUCUGGAAGGACAGAAAGCAGAGAUGAUAAAAAAGGGGGAGGAGCUCAAAUCAGUUACAAGAGCCAAUGAGGAGCGAGAAAAGAAACUACAGGUGGAGAUCGACAGACUACAAGACCAAUCAAAGAAAGACAAAGAACUUGCGAAAGCUUUGGAGAAGACGUCGCAGACCUCCACAUCUGAGUUGUCUAAGGAUAUGAGAAGCAACCUGGAACUUCAAGAGGAAAACACUCGCUUGAGAGAGAGAAUCGCUCGAUUGACACUUCUGCAAUCCACUGCUCCUGACAGCACCUCUGACCUCCUGGAGGAGGAGAACCGAAGCCUGAGGAUCCAGCUGGAGGAGUCCCGGCGCAUUGUGUCACGUCUUGGUCAGGAGAAGGACGAGGUCACCCGGCGUCUGGAGGAGCGGGAGAGAGAGAGAGAAGCUCUGAGACGCGGCAAGAUCGACCUGGAGGAGCAGAAAAGACUGCUGGACCGAUCGCUGGAGAAGAUCAAUAAGGAGAUGGAAACUAUGAUGGGAGAUUCACGUCAGUCUGUACAGGUUCUUCAGUCUCAGUUGGAUGAGUUCAAAGAUCGUUCUCGCCGAGAGCUCCUGGAGGCUCAGAGACUCAGUAAAGACAGACUCACCGAGCUACAGAGAUCUCAGGCCCUUCACAAAACCACUCAGGAGGAGGUGUCUCAUUUGAAGAAAGAUCUGUUAUCAUGCUCUGAGGAGAGAGACAGCGCUCAGCUGGAUCAAGAGCUGCUGAGCAGCCGUCUCAAGAACCUGGAGAGCGAGAUGGAGACCAAGAGAAGCUCACACACAGAUCACAGCAGGGAGCUUCGCCAGCUGGAGGACAAAGUGAAAACAUUAGAGAUCGAACUGGAUGAGGAGAAAAGUGGAACAGAUUUAAUGAAUGAACGGAUCACUCGAAGCCGAGAGCAGGUGGAUCAGCUCCGCUCUGAACUGAUGCAGGAACGUUCAGCAAGACAUGACCUUGAGAUGGAUAAAAGUGCCUUAGAGAGACAGGUGAAGGAGUUUAAGUCUCGUCUGGCUGAUUUGGGCACUCAGACUCGACCUUCUGCUGGAGUCACACUGUUAGAAAACAAAGUACAGGAGCUUGAGGACAGAUUGUGCAGUGAGGAGAGAGAGAAAAACACAAUUCUGGCGUCUCAGAAGAGAUUGGACAGAAAGCUUAAGGAUGUGACCGCAACCCUGGACCAGGAGCGAAAUCAACACGCUGAUCUGAGAGACCAGCUGUCUCUGCGGGUGAAGGCUCUCAAGCGUCAGGUGGAUGAGAGCGAGGGGGAGGUGGAGCGUCUGGAGGGCAUCAGACGGAAGAUUCUGCGAGAGCUCGAGGAGCAUCGGGAGCUGCAGGAGGUUCUGCAGACCAAAGUGAACACGUUGGAGAACGAGCUUAAGAGGAAAGUCCAGGCUAGACGCCCAACUUUGGGGUCCACGCUGAGUUCUGAAGAAGAAGACGGUUAUUCGGAGUCAAAGAGCAUCAAAUCUAUCCUGACUGAAACGCCACUCCAGACCACCAACUGUUAGCAACUAAAGAGAUAAAUUUUGCACAUUAUUAUUUUCUAGUAAAAGUCGAAAUGAUGAAAGCGACAAGAAAGUCCGCUGCUCUUUAUUUCUAUUAAAAAGAGUGAUAAAACUUAAGUGGUUUCAGCACAACGUGAAUGUAAACGGUGAAAAACUGUUGUGGGCUGUUCCACAGAAAGUGAUGUCAUGUAUGUUUUGUAUACUGACAAAAGGUCAUUGGUUGAGUAUAUAGACCCAAAAAAGUGUUACAGAUCAGAAGCAGUCAGUGAAGAUUUGUCAGCCUUUUUCCUCCAUUAGAAUUGUUUAUGUUUUUGCUCUGUGUUUAUGAGUGUAUUGAUACGUUUGUUUUAAGAUGAUAUUUUUUUUUUGUAUUACAGAAUUUUCCAGUUGUUUGUAAAGAUUUAUGAAGGAUUUUAAUUACAUGCAUAGUGUAAAAGUAAAUUAUUCUAUAGCCUCAAAUCACAAACUAAAUAAAGGUUGACUGACAGCUUCGCUCCCCAUUCACUUCCAUUGUAUGGAAACAACAGCAUUCCUAAGAAUGUCUCUUGUGUUCCAGAGAAGGAAGUCAGAUCAGUUUGGAAUGAUGUUGAGUAUGUGAUGACAGAGUUGUCAAUUUUGUUUACAACCAAGCACAUUUUAUGAAGGAAUUCCACAGAACUAAACUUCUGAAUAAAACAUGUCGAAAUGUAUGCAAAUCACUAUAUGAAUGGCAACUUUAGCUUUUGUGCCAAGACAAAAAAAGCAAAAUAUUUUAAAGUAAGGUCUUUGUAAUGAAUAAAAAUUGCCUUAAAUUUUCAGACAUUUAAACUGCUAUUAUAAAACCUAAGCUGCUUUUUGAGAGAUUUAUAUGUAUAUUCAGAUAGAUCAGAAUCUAAAUAAACCUGUCUGAAAUGUAUUUUUAUCCCUUUAUAGGAACGUUUUGGAAGACAUAUUUCUUUAAAGCUAUAUUGGAUUUAUAUGUGUAUAUACUGCCUUGUCACAUAAAGUAUGUUAUUCUUAAAACUGA